AUGAGCUCCAAAGAAAACGCAAAGGGUUCCUCGGUUGAAGAGAGGAGACGAAGCCCACUUGAUCACCUUCCGCCGCCUGCGAACUCCAACAAACCGCUCACUCCGUUCAGCAUAGAGGACAUCCUCAGCAAACCUUCAGUUAGGCGAAGUUACUCAAUUUGUGGGACGGCGCACCUGAUUUCGUCCGCUGAAAAGCACUCUCCGUCCGGUCUUCCUUUACCCAAUCGGGCUCUUCUCACCCAGACGUCUCCUCUUUGCGCCCUGGAAGAAUUAGCCAGCAAGACGUUCAAAGGUCUGGAAGUGAGUGUUCUCCAGGCGGCCGAAGGAAGGGACGGAAUGACACUAUUUGGGCAGCGGAAUACUCCUAAAAAGCGAAGGAAGUCCAGGACGGCGUUCACCAACCAUCAGAUCUACGAACUAGAGAAAAGGUUUCUAUAUCAGAAAUAUCUGUCUCCUGCUGACCGAGAUCAAAUCGCGCAGCAACUGGGGCUAACGAACGCCCAAGUUAUCACCUGGUUUCAGAACCGCCGGGCCAAACUCAAGCGGGAUUUGGAGGAAAUGAAAGCGGAUGUGGAAUCGGCCAAAGCGAUUGGUUCGGUGUCUUUCGAAAAAAUGUCCAAACUAGCAGAGCUGGAAAAAUGCGCCAUCGGAACACUCGGAAAUUCGAGAGCGGCGUCGCCAGCACUGUCUAACCACGAGCACGAAACGUCAAACAGACUGCAGAUGUCCCCGUCAUCCCCUUUUACAGACCGGACAACGAGCAAAGAGUGUUCGGAGGACGAAGAUGUGGAAAUUGACGUCGAUGACUGA